AUGGGUGAUAACUAUAUACAAGUUGACGUUGGAAUAAUUGGUUGUGGGCCAAGUGGAUUAGUAACAUUGAAAGAAUUAUUAGCUGAAGGUCAUCGAUGUACAGUUUUUGAAAAAUCUAAUUUACUUGGUGGUUUAUUUACACAAGCUUAUCAACAAGGAAUACUUGUAUCAAGUCAUUUAUUAACUAUGUUUAGUGAUUUUGUUGGAAAAGAUAAAGAAAUUCUUAAUAAACCUCGAAUGUUAUCCUUUAUUGAAUAUAGUCAAUAUUUAAAUGAUUAUGCUGAUUAUUUUCAUUUAAAAGAAUUUAUUCAAUUUCAAACAGAAGUUAAAUCUUUAUGGAAAGAUUAUUCAGAUAAUAAAUGGAAAAUUUGUGUAAAUAAUUUCAAUCAUAUUUAUUCAUUUGAUCGUAUUGCAAUUUGUUGUGGAAUUUUUGAAAAUGCCAGUAUUCCAUUAUUUCAUAAUCAACAUUUAUUUCAAGGAAAAAUUAAACAUUUAAAAGAUAUUCAAUUUUAUGAAGAUUUCCAUAAUAAACAUAUUUGUAUUGUAGGAAGUGGAGAAUCAGCAAGUGAUAUGAUAUUAGCUGCUGCACAAUAUGGAAAACAAGCUUUUCUAUCAAUUAGAAAAGAUCAUGGAUUUAUUAUUCCACGAUAUAUUCAUGGUAACAGAGAUGAACCAGCUGAUUUAGAUACAUCAAGAGCUCAUCAUUCUAUUCCAAGAGCAUGGGGUGUUUUACAUACUUAUAUCGAUAUGAUUCAUAGUUUAAUAAAAUCGUAUUUUAAUUCAUUUUUUUAUCAAAAUGAAGAUCAAUUAGAUGAAUAUAAUUUAAUACGAAGAACAGGAAUCUAUAUGAACCUAAAACAAAUUCAAACAAGUAAUAUUUGGACAACAUUUGGAACAAAAAAUUCUAAUCUAGUCGAAGCAUUAGUUAAGUAUAAAGAUAAAUGUUCGAGAAAAUCUGGUAUAAAAGAAUUAAAAAGAAAUUCAAUUAUAUUCGAUGAUAAUUCUGAAGAAUAUGUUGAUGAAAUUAUUUGUUGUACAGGUUUUCAAAUAUUAUUUCCAUUUCUUGAACAAAAUUCUCAAUCGAAUUUCGAAAUGAAACGUCUUGCUAAUGACGCAAAAAUUUCUCAUAAUUUAUUUAAACAUUGUUUUCAUCCUGAUUUUGGAGAUGAAAUUAUUUGGAUUGGUUUUGCUCGUCCUGCAUUAGGUGCAAUUCCACCAUUAUCUGAACUUCAAGCACGUUGGUUUGCUUUAUUAUGUUCAAAAAAAUUAAAAUUACCAACAAAAUUAGAAAUGAAUAAACAAAUAUACAAUUAUGUCAAAUAUUUAAAAUGGCAAUUAACAUCUUAUCGUAUUGAUCGAUUGACUAAUUUAACAGAUUAUUUAAUUUAUUCAGAUAAUUUAGCAAGAACUAUUGGAUGUCGACCAGAUUUAACAAGAAUAUUUUUUCAAGAACCAAAUUUAUGGAUUAAAUUAAUGUGUGGAUCAUUAUUAAAUGCUCAAUAUCGUUUAACUGGUCCACAUGCUAAACGAAAACAAGCAAAAGAAAUUAUUCUACAAGCAAGAUGGAUUAAACAAUCGAAUAUUUUAUAUUUAAUAAUGUUAAUAUGUUAUGCAUUUUUUUGGUUUGUCUUUGGAAUUGAAUCAUGUAAACCUGCUUCAUGGUAUCCAUUAUAA